CAGGUGAAUCUGUCAUUUUCCUCGAGAAUAGAAAUCCUUAAAAGGGAUGAAUGCGUAGCUAAGGCUGCGAGGGCUUCCUCCCGUGUUGCAGAUUUUGGAAGGUAAGUAAUGGAACCAAAGUUGAUAUUAAUACUGAUUUUGGUGAUCUCUGUAAGUGUGACAGCCGAUUACGUUCGUCCAAAGCCCAGAAAAGCUUUGCAUUUUCCAUGGAAGCCGAAGACUCCUUCUCUUCCCCAACAGGUGCACAUUUCUUUGUCAAGUGAGAAGCACAUGCGAAUCACAUGGAUCACUGAUGAUGAAUAUGCCCCUUCAAUUGUUCAAUAUGGAACAUCACCGGGGAAAUACACAUCCAUAACUCUAGGUGGAAGCACCUCCUAUAGUUAUUUGUUCUAUAGCUCGGGAAAGAUACACCACACUGUCAUUGGGCCUCUGGAACAUGACACUAUUUACUACUAUCGAUGUGGAGGACAAGGUCCUGAAUUCCAGCUCAAGACCCCUCCAGCUCAGUUCCCAAUUACUUUUGCUGUGGCUGCUGAUCUGGGUCAGACUGGCUGGACGAAGUCAACACUAGAUCACAUAGAUGGAUGCAACUAUGACGUGCAUCUGCUUCCUGGAGACCUUUCAUAUGCAGAUUACUUGCAGCGUCGGUGGGACACAUUUGGUGAGCUAGUGCAGCCACUUGCAAGUGCAAGGCCGUGGAUGGUAACAGAAGGAAACCAUGAACAGGAGAACAUUCCAUUUUUUAAGGAUGGUUUUGAAUCCUAUAAUUCUAGAUGGACUAUGCCAUAUCAAGAGAGUGGAUCUCCCUCAAAUCUAUAUUAUUCUUUUGAAGUUGCAGGGGUGCAUGUUGUCAUGCUUGGUUCAUAUGCUGCUUGUGAUCUGAACUCAAAUCAAUAUAGCUGGCUAAAGACUGAUCUUUCAAGGGUGGAUCGAAAAAGGACGCCCUGGCUACUUGUGCUAUUCCAUGUUCCAUGGUACAACAGCAACAAGGCUCAUCAAGGUGAAGGGGACAGGAUGAUGGAAACCUUGGAGCCAUUGCUUUAUGCUGCUAAUGUUGAUUUAGUGUUCGCUGGCCAUGUGCAUGCUUAUGAGCGCUCAAAACGUGUCUACAAUGGAAAGUCAGAUCCUUGUGGUCCUAUCCACAUAACAAUUGGUGAUGGAGGAAAUAGGGAAGGCUUAGCUACUAGGUAUAAUGAUCCACAGCCAGAGUGGUCAGUCUUCCGUGAAGCAAGUUUCGGUCAUGGCGAACUCAAGAUAGUGAAUUCGACCCAUGCCUUCUGGAGCUGGCACAGGAACGAUGAUGAUGAGCCAGUGCGGUCUGAUGAGGUCUGGAUAACCUCCUUGGUCGGUUCAGGAUGUCAUGCUGGGAACGGGCAUGGACAAAGGAAAAUACUCAUGGAACCUUAAGAACUGGUGAUAUCUAUAAGGUUACAAGUUUGGAAGAAAGUAGCCAUAAGGAGUGCUGUCAAUACUAAUGGUUGAACGAUAAUAGUUGUUGUAUAUUAGUAGUUGCUGCUUGAAUUGGCUGUAUUUGCCCCUAGAUGUGUGCAAGAUACCGACAUAAGUUGAGCUGUCUAAACUAUAGCCUGCUUAAUUCUUGUGUAUUUGGAGGGCAGAGGAUAGCCUUGAUCAUGUUCAGCCCGCCACCUGGCUUGUUUUGUUGGAUUCAGCUUGCAACUUGAACUUAUAGGUAAAUUUUGAAUUAGCUUGAUAUCAAAUUUGGGUUCAGUA